AUGGAGUCAGAGAUCGACAAGGACUUCGACAUCCCCACCGGCGUGCAGAAGAGGGCAGCCAAACCAUCUCACUUGCACUCACGCUCUUACAACGAUCGUUUGCAGGCCAGAGCACAAGGAACAUCGGACGGCGACAUCACCAAAAGGGGCGAGAAUCGCCGGUGGGUGGGCGAUGAGGGUCUUGGCUUGAGCAUAGCCCGGGCGUCCAACACUCAGAGGGACAACGAAUGGCUGAUCGAAGUCGGCGUUGGUUCACCCUCACAACCCAUCAAGAUGGUCGUCGACACUGGCUCAGCCGACUCUUGGAUGUACUCGCCGUCGUGCUGCUACGGCAAGAGUCACCACUACUUCGAUCCAGCCGCAUCCUCCACAUUCUCCAACCGCACCCUCUCUACUAAGGGCCGGCCCAUCCGUGCGGCAUCCGGCGUACAAGGCCAGUGGUGGAGCACAUCCUACGCUGGCGGCUCAGGAACCGAUGGGUACCUGGGCAUCGACACGAUGCGAAUUGGGAAUCCUUCUGUCAAUGUGCCGGACUCGACCAUUGGCCUUGCGCUCGCCGUCAAUGGUCAGCAGCGUGCGUCGAGGAAGAUGGAAGGUUUGCUAGGCUUCAGUCCGGGCGCUCUCAGCCCUACGCGUGGAGGUUGGGUCACGCCCUUCGAGAAGAUGACGCGGGAUGGGACCCUGGCGUACCCGGUCCUCACCGCCAAUUUGCUCAAGGCGGACCGCAGGACAGGUAAAGGAGGCGGAGGCCAAUACACGUUUGGAGAUGUCAAACAACCCAACAUGGACGGGGAAAUGAAGUGGAUCGAUUCCACUAGCACGUACUACUGGGGUGCACACGGAGCCGGGCUGCGCAUGGGCGACCACCACCUCAAUGACGAUGAUCACAACAAGCGCUUCAUCCUGGACACUGGCUCUUCCAUUCUGUACCUGUCGAGCAGAAGCGCAGCGCUGGGCAAUGCACAGAUUGCCGGAUCGUACUAUGCGGCCGAGUCCUCGCUCGGCACAAAAUGGCUCGUUCCCUGCGCCACUGGGCUGGUCGAAUACGAGCGUCAACUGCCUCCUGGGCAAAGGACACCUCCGUUUUGGGUGGAUCUGGAUGGAGCUCAGUUUGCCAUCCCUGCCGAAGAUCUCGUAUUUUGGCCAAACAGUCCGAUAGACCCUUCAGAGACGGGAGGAAGAGAAAACAUGUGCUUCUCCACCAUUCAGGAAGGUUCUGAACAAUUGGCUGUCAUUGGAACUGCUUUCAUCAAGAACCACAUCGUCUCGUUUGCCUUUACGGACAACAAGGCUACGAACCGAAGGAUCGGCAUUGCAAAUCGCUCCGACGUCAACCUCUUUCCCAACCUGAACUGA